ACCCUACAGUAUAUUGUCCAAAUUGGAAUCCUCUCCUCGGAAUCAGUUGUUCUCUUCCUCCGGGUUCGGGGAACAUUUGAAAUUCUUCCUGUUGCGCAAAUUGGGAGGAGUUGUAGCUGAAUUGUGCGGUGGCUGGGUGGGAUUGAAUUUCCAGACGAGUAGGAGGUGCAUAUCAGGAGCAGGAUUCUGCGUUGGAAGGGAAUGGGGGGCUAUUGCUUGGCAGCUGCUACUGCCGCGAGGGCGACGAGCAUGAGAGCUUCGCCUGUUUCUUGCACGUGUAGUGCGAAUUUGAAGAAGAGCAGCUUAAAUGGGCUGGAUUUCAUCCGACUGCCGAAAUGCCAGACAAUUGCAACGUCUGCGAAGUUGGGUUCGACGUCGGUUGUGGAAAUGUUCAAAUCUGCCACGAUGAAGAGCCAGCAAGUGCUCAGGAGAUUCGAGGCAAAGGCUGUGUUUUCAGAAGCGAAGGAAGGUGGCGAGAAGAAGGAGAAGGUGGACUACAAGCUGUAUCAAGCUUUAAUGCGUGGCGGGGAGGAAGUCAUUGCUAUGAUGAAGGAGAUGACAGAACUGCUUGAAGACAUCGCAGGAAUGGAAAAAGAAGAAGAGGAGGCAGCAGUGAGAAUGGCUGCAGCAGGCGCUGUCGGUCAGAAGCUGGAGAAGCUCGAGGGGAGUUUUUUGAUGGCGCUGGACUGGAUGAUUGAGCAAUCAGAAAGAGAGAAAGAUGAUAAGAAGGUUCGGCUAUUGGGCAUUAUAAAGGAGACCGUUUUAGCUCAACUUUCUCAUCAGUUCCCCUCACAAGUCCAGGUGGUUGGUACGCUUUGUACAACACCCGACAAAGAUGCUCGUCAAGAGAUUUUGAGGCGGUGCGCAGGUGGUGGUGGAACUUUCAAAACCGUAGGUGGAGGCGACAUAGUGCUUCCUGAAGCUAAUCUUAAUGAAAUAGCCAACCAAGCAGAUGAUAUUGUCACUUCUAUGGAAGAAAAGCCAUUGUUACAAGACAGAAGGCUACUAGCGAAGUUAAUACUCGUGAGAGAAGAGGCUCGAAGCUUAUUGAGUGGUGGUAUAUUGGAUGAGCGGAAUGAUAACAAAGGCUUCAAAAACUUACCUUUUACUGAGGUGACUUUCCUGUCCACUCUUAUGGGUUUAAGACCAGGACCCCUUUUACGGCUUCGGAUAGAGAAUGUUAUGCGUGGGAAAGACGAGGGUCAAGAGAAGGCUCCCCCUCCCACUAAGGAAUCCAUCACUCCUCGCCAAAAAUUCGUCAACUUUGACAAGAAAUCGAAGGCAGGGAGCGACGAAGAGGACACAGAACCACGCCCAGUGCGACCGGGGAUUUUCCUGUAUACUGUGAAUAAGGUAAUGGCGGGAAUGUAUGAGACGAAUGUUGCUGGCGGAGUUACUGUGCAGCAACUGGAAUGGAUUCACAAGGAGACUCUGAACAUACUACAAGAGAUAGCAUACUCUACCCAUUGAGAAUUGACGAGAUUUAUCAACGAAUGUGAUGACAAGGCGAUAUCCCUUUACGAAGGACGUGCAGCACUUUGAGAUCAGUCCAUUUUCUAUGUUGAAUCAGUGUUCAGAAGCACAUUACGAGUGGCACAUUCAAUUUAGCGUCAUCAAUACAUGACGAAAUGCGCGAAUGGGCCCCCGAAGUCUUUGGAAUAGCACGACUAAAUAUAUAGAAGUCACAAUGUGACAUCAAGCUUCAAAUUUUCUUCGGUCACGUUAUAGAUCUCCAACGCCAACUGAGCACUCUUUUUCCAUUGUGAAAGUAGUUGUUUCUGAACACAUGUAAUUCGAGAACUAAAAGAGGAAGUUGUUGAAAAGUGUUGCUCCAAGUGCAAGUGGAGCAACAACAGCCUGUGGUCAUUGAAAUGAACUGAAAUCAUCAUCUAUCGUUGGAAUUAA